AUGGCAGCAACGAACGGUGUUGCCAAUGGUGCCAAUGGCACCCACGGCGCGGCCUUGGACUUGACGGUCCUAGGUCUGAACAGUGGAACCUCGAUGUAUGGCGAAAUCCCGCUGGAGCAGACCAUCAAGAAGCGCGUCAUGAACAUCAUCCUGCACAACAAGACCUCUCCAUCCGAGUUGUCUGAAGUCAACGUCAUUCUGGGAGAGACCUUCGCCUCCGCAGUGAAGGAGUUUUGCAAGGAGUACAAUGUCGACAUCAACAGUAUCGACGUUAUCGGCUCCCACGGUCAGACCAUCUGGCUGCUGUCCAUGCCGGAACCCGGCGAGGUGAAGAGCGCCCUGACCAUGGCAGAGGGCUCGAUCCUGGCGUCGCGCACGGGGAUCACCACCGUCACCGACUUCCGUGUCAGCGACCAGGCUGCCGGUCGACAGGGUGCUCCGUUGAUUGCCUUUUUCGAUGCCCUGGUUCUGCACCACCCGACCAAGCUCCGGGCUUGCCAGAACAUUGGUGGCAUUGCCAACGUGUGCUUCAUCCCCCCGGACAACGCUGGUGGGAUCGACGAGUGCUACGACUUCGACACCGGCCCCGGAAAUGUCUUCAUCGACGCCGUGGUGCGAUAUUACACCAACGGAGAACGCGAGUAUGACAAGGACGGCGAGAUGGGCGCUCGCGGCAAAGUGGACCAGGAGCUGGUGGACGAGUUCCUCCAGCACAAGUACUUCAAACUGGACCCGCCCAAGACGACCGGACGCGAGGUGUUCCGCGACACGCUGGCAUUCGAGUUGAUCAAGAAGGCGGAAGCAAAGGGGCUGAGCCCGGACGACGUCGUGGCCACGGUCACGCGCAUCACAGCGCAGGCCAUUGUCGACCACUACAAGCGCUACGCGCCCAAGGACAUGGAGAUUGCCGAGAUCUUUAUGUGCGGCGGCGGCGCCUACAACCCCAACAUCACCAAGUACAUCCAGCAGCACUACCCGAACACGAAGAUCAUGAUGCUGGACGAAGCGGGCAUCCCCGCGGGCGCCAAGGAGGCCAUCACGUUCGCCUGGCAGGGCAUGGAGGCCAUCGUGGGGCGGUCGAUUCCGGUGCCGACGCGGGUCGAGACGCGCCAGGAGUAUGUGCUGGGCAAGGUGUCUCCGGGCAAGAACUACCGUAAGGUGAUGCGCCACGGCAUGCAGUUUGGCGCGGGCCGCGAGCAUCUGUCGCCGGUGAGGGAGCUGGUCAACAUUGUCAACGGGAAGGUGUUUGACAAUAAGUGGUGA